UCUUGGUACUCAGGGUUCCACGUAUUCGCGUUUCAGGGCUCCAGAGUUGAGGAAUGCAGAUUGCAUAGAGUCGGCUUGCAGGACAACAAGUUGUCAGGAUUCAGCCUCCUGGUCCCAGGUUCUAGGGCUUCAGGCCCUUUGGCACGCAGGCCGCCAUGACCCGCCUGUCCCGCUUUGCGCUGCGCGCGGCCUCCCUACUCGGCCUUUGGGCAGCUCUGCUGGUGGCGGGGCCGGCGCUGCCCGCGCCCGUGCGGGCCGUCCUGGUGCCCCUGCCGGCCUACGCGCUGGUGCUGCUCGGCUGCUACUCGCUGGCGUCCGUGGGGAUCGGCUUGGCAACGUUCGGCGACUGCCCCGACGCGGCCAAGGAGCUGGCGACGCAGAUCGGGGAAGCGCGCCGGGACCUCGCCUCCAAGGGCUUCUCCCCCUAGGGGUGAGGUGGGGGGGGAGGGAGGAGGCCCCCCAUAACCCACUACGUCUUUGCGAGAGCCCGCCGAGCCGCAGUGGUGUUCGAUGUCGGAUGGCGCGGGUAGUGGACGCUGUCUGGAAUAUUGACUCUUUACGUGAAUGAUGGAAAAGAAACCUGUCGCUGGAGGUACUGGUGUAAGAGAGACAUUGGUGUAAGAGCUAUGCUGGUGUAAAUUUCCAAGUGUAUUUUUUAAAGCAAAAUAUACCCCAAGAGACCACGGUCAGUCUCAUUUGCAAGAGUGACCUGGGUCACCAAUAGCAAAAGUAAAAACGUAAACUUAAGUGCUGUACAACUAUUAAACAAAUAGGAUUCAGAUCAAAAUAAGAAAAUAGCAGAGCAGAGAUUACCGCAUUGAAGUUACAUUGGACACGGUGCACAAACAUCAACCGGUAUUGAAUAAAAUAAACUUGCAAAAAAUGUUUGCUCGGACAAAUUAUUCAGAGAUAUUAAGUUACAGACAUUGAAGUGGAUUCAGGGUAAUACACCAGUAGAGUAACAGACCGGUGGAAUGCGGACACCCCGUGAUGGACACCCCGUCACUUACACCCCGUGACGUACACCCCGUGACGCACACCCCGUCACGGACACCCCGUGUGACGGACACCCCGUGACGUACACCCCGUGACGCACACCCCGUCACGGACACCCCGUGUGACGGACACCCCGUGACGCACACCCCGUGACGCACACCCCGUGACGGACACCCCGUUACUUACACCCCGUGACGCACACCCCGUGACGGACACCCUGUCACAGACACCCCGUGACGGACACCCCGUUACUUACACC